AUGGCCGACAACAAUGCGUCAGCAGCAAUUGACGCAAACCAGGACGGCGAAAAAUCACACAGGACGAUAAAGGAAGGGAAAGCUACCAUCCUUGUUCCUCGGGGAGCUAAGGUUGGGGAGGAUAAGAGCGAGGUCCAGCAGGUUUUCUACAACCCCAUCCAACAAUUCAACCGUGACCUAUCUGUCCUGGCAAUCAAGGCAUAUGGAGAAGAAACUAUCGAGCGGAGAAAGGCGCAAUAUCUGGCCAAGUCAAACAAGCAGAGCAAGAAGAGGAAGCGCGGGACUGAAGCGAACGGAAUCGAGAACACCGCGGCUGUACCACAAGAUGCACCGACGACACACCAAACCCAGGAAACCACAUCCCAGCCCAAUCCCACGAACUCCUUCUCAACCACCUUCAAAAUUCUUGAUGCGCUCUCUGCUUCAGGCCUUCGAGCGCUGAGGUAUGCGCACGAGAUCCCAUUCGUCACUUCUAUAACUGCGAACGAUCUUUCGGCCUCCGCCGCCGAGUCAAUCAAGGCCAACGUGACUCAUAAUGGAUUGGAAGACAAAAUAACCGUGACAAAUGACAACGCGCUUUCCGUCAUGUAUCGCGCCAUUGCUGAUGAUCUCUCCAAACUGGAUCGUCUAGGCAACCCUGGCAAGGCUCACAAGUUUGAUGUUAUCGAUCUCGACCCAUAUGGCACUGGCGCACCGUUUUUCGAUGCAGCCGUGCAGUGUGUUCGUGACGACGGCGGGCUCCUCUGUAUAACCUGCACUGAUAGUGCCGUUUGGGCCGGCCACAGCUACUGCGAGAAGACGUACUCAUUAUACGGUGGUGUCCCUGUGAAGGGUGCUCACUCGCACGAGGUUGGCCUCAGACUGAUUCUGAAUGCUAUUGCCACAUCCGCAGCUCGAUAUGGGCUUCACGUAGAACCCCAGCUAUCUCUCUCCAUUGACUUUUACACCAAAGUAUUUGUCAAGGUCACAAAAUCCGCUCAAGCUGUCAAAUUCCUGGGCAGCAAGACAAUGUUGGUGUACAGCUGUAGCCAGGGAUGUGGCGCCUGGACUACCCAGUAUUUGAUGAAAUCGAAACCUUCUCCGAAUAAGAAGGGUGACGGAUUGUUCUAUAAGCACGGCAUGAUGCAGGCUCCCACUAGCGACAGGCUUUGCCAACACUGCGGUCUAAAAAUGCACCUCAAUGGGCCAAUGUACGGUGGCAGAAUUCACUCACAGGAAUUCAUCCAACGACUUCUUGACCAACUCCCCAAGGCCGACAAGUCUGUAUAUGGCACUCUUCCGCGAUUGGAGGGUAUGCUCCGAACAGCUCUAGAGGAAUAUAUCCCGGGCCCCGAUAUAGAGGAGGGCGUAAACCCCAAGGAUGCUGCCGCUGCUGCUAUUGACCCUUACCCCUUUUACGUGGUUCCCAACCGACUAGCAAGUGCCAUCUCAUCCGUGUCGAUACCGGAUGAUAUGUUCCGAGGAGCUCUGUUUCAUCUUGGGUACCGAAUCACUCGAAGCCAUUGCAAGCCAGGCAGUAUGAAGACAGAUGCUCCAUGGUCAACCAUCUGGUGGGUUAUGACUGAAUGGGUAAGACAAAAAGCACCCGUGACAGUUGCCAAUAUCAAGCCCAGAACUGCCGCUCACGCCAUCCUGUCGAGGGCUGGCCUCUUGCCGUCUGAAGACAGCUCAACUGCCACCAACAACGGGACUAUAGAUCCAAAAGACCAAGACACUACGAUGGAAGAGGCUCCCAAGGGGGCAGAUGAUGCAACUCCCGACCCGCAAAGCAACGUGGCUCACGACCCUGAGUUUUCGGCCACGGCGACAACAACGGCCGAAUUGGAACUCCGCAAGACAAUGAUAUUCAAUGAAGAUCUCGCACGGCUCGGCUGCCAGGGCCUGGGUCAAAAGAUGACCAGAUAUCAGAUGAACCCAGAAAAGAAUUGGGGACCUUUAACAAAGGCCAUGGCUCAAUAA